UGGAAUGGUCUUACAUACAAUACAGUAGCGAAGCGGGCUGUACCAUUGUGCAGUAGAUAGGCAGGUGGCAUCGGGGAGGAGUGCUGCAGAGAAAGAGAGACAGAUGAUGGGGAGAGAAAGAGACUGGAUCUAUCUUGUCUAAUCCCUCAGCUCUGUCUGCGUGCUGCCUGUGUUGACAAAGUGAUGCUCGUCAUCCAUAGGCUACCAUCGCUCCACACUCACGUUUGAGUCUGAUUGACGCACUACGGGAUAGUGUAGGUUUGCCGUGAGGCUGGGACAUCACCGAGUACUCAUAAACUUCUGUUUGACUCCAUUCUGACUCCAGUCACGGAUACCCAACUGCAUUUUCCCAUAUCAGGCUAUGAGACAGUCAUGAGAGGAAUGCAUUAUUCCACACUGAAUACAACAAAUCCACAAUAAGUGCAAUAAGAGUGAAAAGGGACUCCGAUUGAAAUCAUUUCCUCAUCAUGCUCUAACUGAAGGUUCAUUCCACACCUCCAUUCCAAAGGGUCAAGCAACCUCAUUAAUCUCCCAAAACACACCAACACACAGAUACGCCAUUUGGUGUAAACUUUAGUCAGCCCGGAGAAGAACAGAAGCAGGCAACAUGGCUGACCGUUACCAAAACAACGUAUACCAUCAAAGCGGUGGUGGUGGUGGUGGUGACAGCUAUGGGACGUAUGGAGAAGAUGUUGGAGAUGGUCAUGAUGGAUAUAGUUACCAGGCCGAAUACCCUCCCCAGGAAGAGGAUGCUGCUAGUGAUGCGACUGAAGGUCAUGAUGAGGAGGACCAGAUGUACGAAGGGGAAUAUCAAGGAAUACCGCAUCCGGAUGAGGUGAAGGCUGCACAGAGAGCUUCGAGGGCUAAAUCUCGAGCUAGCGGUGCAGUCUCGGAACUGCAGGAGUUAUCGGAACAGUAUGAGGACAUUAUGGAAGACUGUGGACACGGGAAGUUCCAAUGGAUGCUCUUCUUGGUGCUGGGUCUGGCUCUAAUGGCUGAUGGAGUCGAAUGUUUUGUGGUUGCAUUUGUUCUACCGUCUGCAGAGAAGGAUCUAUGCCUGUCCAAUGCGGAGAAAGGGAUGUUGGGUCUGGUUGUCUUCCUGAGUAUGAUGGUCGGAGCGUUCGUGUGGGGUGGACUGGCGGACAAAGUCGGCCGUCGGCGCUGUUUGGUUGUGGCGUUAGCUAUAAACUGCAUCUUUGUAUUCCUGUCCUCGUUUGCACAAAGCUAUGGCUUCUUCCUCUUCUUCAGGCUGCUGUCAGGCAUCGGUAUCGGUGGCACAGUACCAAUCGUCUACUCGUACUUCUCCGAGUUCCUUCAGAUGGACAAGCGAGGAGAGCAUCUGUCCUGGUUGUGUAUGUUCUGGAUGAUAGGUGGGAUUUACGCCUCUUUCACUGCCUGGGGAAUUAUUCCCAGAUAUGGUUGGGGGUUCAGCAUGGGCACAGAGUUCCAGUUUCACAGUUGGAGGUUAUUUGUUCUGGUUGCAGCUCUUCCUGCCAUAGCUUCUCUGAUCGGACUUACUUUCAUGCCUGAGAGCCCCCGUUUCCUGCUUGAGAAUGCCAAGCACGAUGAGGCAUGGAUGAUUCUGAAGCAGGUCCACGACACCAACUGGAGGGCCAAAGGACAGCCAGAAAAAGUCUUCACUGUUACACACAUCAAGGCUCCUAAGACAGCAGAGGAUGAGUUAAUCGAGAUUCAAAGUGCAACAGGAACGGCUGUGCAACGGUGGGCAGUGCGCUCCCUUACGCUCUGUAAACUGGUGGUGAAGAACGUUGUAUCUCUCUUGUCUGCUGAACUGAGGUUGGCUACCCUCUUCAUGGCCAUUAUCUGGUUCUGCAUGGCUUUCAGUUACUAUGGCCUUUCCGUGUGGUUCCCAGACAUGAUCAAGCACCUUCAGUAUGAAGAGUAUCAGUUAAAAGUCAAGGUGUUCCAUAAAGAAAAAGUGGAGAACUUUCAUUUCAACUUUUCCUUGGAGAACCAAGUCCAUAAAGAAGGGGAAUACAUCCAUGACAAGUUCAUCAAAAUAGAGCUGAAGUCAGUCAAGUUUGAGGACUCAUUGUUUGAAGACUGUCACUUUGAGGACAUCAGGUCCACUGACACGGUGUUUGAGAACUGCACCAUACGCAACACUUUCUUCACCAAUACAGACCUGAAGAAGAAGUUCAUUGACUGUAAAAUGGAAAACAACACCUUUGAGCACAAUAAACAUGGCUGCCACCUAGACACCGUUGAAGAGAAUGAUGUCCUGAUAUAUUUGGUCAGCUUCCUCGGCAGUCUGGCUGUGUUGCCUGGCAACAUCAUCUCUGCCCUCUUCAUGGAGAAGAUUGGCAGAGUCAGGAUUAUAGGUGGCUCCAUGCUGAUCUCUGCGGGCUGUACAUUUUUAUUGUUCCUGAGCUUCACCCAAUCGGCAAUCAUCGCUUUACAGUGUCUCUUCUGUGGCGUCAGUGUGGCUGCAUGGAACGGCAUCGAGGUGGUGACGGUGGAACUGUACCCUGCUUCUAAAAGGGCUACAGCCUUCGGCGUCUUGAACGCUCUGUGUAAGCUAGCUGCAGUUCUUGGCAGCUCCAUCUUUGCCAGUUUUGUGGGUAUCACCAAGAUCAUCCCCAUCCUGCUGUCCUUUGCCGCCUUGGUCUGCGGAGGUCUGGUUGCCCUCAAAUUGCCCGACACACGAGAGAAGAUCCUCCAGUGAGGUUUAUUAAAAAGGGAGCGUUCCAAGACAUGCGUACAAUGUUUGCUUGAUGUGGAGGUCUUUGCAGCACCACUGGACUUUUACUGCACUUUUCUUUCAAGAAUGCAAACAGCUAACACCUUUAAAAUGUAAAAUGGCGUGUUAUGAUGUUUUUCAUGUUGGUUAAGGCUGAUUCAUAUUUGUGUGAUAAACAGAUGGAUAGUUUGUAGUUUGUUUAAAAGGCUCAGGCAUCAGGGAUGAUGUGUGAAAAUCAUAUUCCACAUGAUGGUGUUACUUGAAUGACCACAAUUACUGUACAUUUACAUAACUAACAUUUGGUUCUCAUUCCACCUGCUCUGUGUUGAAUGCAUGAUGGGGAAUGACAUCACCAACAGACCACCUUUUGGGGGAAAAGUCUGAAAAUAUAUUAAUAUUUACAGUAGUGAACAACUAACAACCCCAUGCUGUUUGUCCAAAUAUUUUUUAAAGGCGUCUAUCUCUCUCUGAAAUGGUGUAAACAAUAUCAUAUUUGACUUUCAGUAUUGUUUUACAAUUUUAUGUGUAUCUUAAAGCACUUUGUGGUUAUAGUAACUGGCAAAUUGUAUUAAUAGCAAUGGCAGUGUAUUAUUAUUAAUAAACUUCACAAUAAUAAUGUUAUAUAAUUAGGAUAUUUCCAACAUCUGCAGGCGUACCCAAUGACAUGAUAUACUGGGAACAAAAAUUGGUCAUUUUAGUUAUAAACAUAGUACAUAUUUACAGAUGGGGGCUAGUGGUCAGCGUGCAGACCUCACAGCUAGGAGACCCGGGUUCAAUUCCACCCUCUGCCAUCUUUGUGUGGAGUUUGCACGUUCUCCCCGUGCAUGCGUGGGUUUUCUCCGGUAUCCUCCCACAUUCCAAAAACAUGCUAGGUUAAUCGGCGACUCCAAAUUGUCCAUAGGUAUGAAUGUGAGUGUGAAUGGUUGUUUGUCUAUGUGUGCCCUGUGAUUGGCUGGCGACCAGUCCAGGGUGUAACCCGCCUCUUGCCCAAAGUCAGCUGGGAUAGGCUCCAGCACCCCCACGACCCUCAUGAGAAUAAACGGUAGAAAAUGAAUGAAUGAAAAUUUACAGAUGUCCAACAGUAUGCCUGACGUUUACAUUCUCUAUCAGGGAAUAUUAAUAUAUUUUUGGAGGAUCAGAUGGUUAAAUGGUGGGGAUUGUAGCAAACAUAUAAAACAGUUGGGGCCUGAUCUAGUAAGAUCCCGAACCAAUUUUGGGGUGCCAAUCACCCUACAUAAAUGAAAAUGUUGUGUCUGCUAUGGGUCUGCUGGGGGUCGGCAACCUUUACCAUCAAAACAGACAUUUUACUUCUUCUUCCAGUAAAACAUAAAUAAAUAAAUGCCAGUAGCUGCAAAACAUUACACCGCUUAUUAACUUAAAAUAUUUUAAUUUUUUUUUUUUACAUUACUUGUUCUAACUACAAAAUUUUUAAAAUAAUUUAGACACAGAACUGGCAGGCUUGUUGAGCGCUUUCCGUAUUUGUGUAAAAUGAAAAUAGCCAACUUUAACAUAAAAAAGCCCAUCAGAGUUCAAAUAUCUGCAGUGUUUGCUCAAUAGCGCUUACACCUGCGCCAAAUUAAAUGUCAUCAGUUUGCCUACUUUUGAUGUUUGCUGCCAUUCUAUUGAUCCUGUCCUUGAUUGCCUUUGCAGAGUGGCAUUCUUUCAUUUUCUGAAUAAUUUCCUGUUUUUUUUUUAAUAAGAUAAGAAUAGAUUUUCUGAUAUUUUAUAAACAAUUUCUUCACGUAGUCGACGUCUGUGAACAGCAUCACCUUGCUUACAAUCAUCAGUGCAGCUCAGUAUUGACAACUUGGCAACUUUCUCUCCAAAUCUGUUGACUUAUUUUUCAUGGCGUCUGGAGACUUUCCUGGUAUUUGGGGACUUAACAGUGAAAGCAUGUAUUGUUCUGUGAUUGCUGCCAAAAGCAAAGCACUCCCAAGCCGUCAGCUCCCGGGUCACACUAACCAUUCAUGCGUGGUCAUAUACAAAUACUGUUUGUAUAGCAGUAACAUACUCAUACAACUACAUAGAACACUGUGUGUGUACAUGUGGAUGAUGCAGUCCAGUCAUUUUUCUUGUACAGUUUUGACAUUGAUGUAUUAUUGGGUUGGUGGGCUACUUGUGUUGCGAUGGAUUGUUUAAGUGAUUAAGUGCAUGUCUGUCUGAUGUUUUCUCUUGGCGUGUUUAUGUCUGUCAACACUUAUCCACACAUACGGGCUUGUUUGUUGACUUGUCUUCCCAAAAACCAAAAUAUACAUUCUGCUGUACAAAUAACUCCUACUACACCGCUUUGUUUAUAUUCAGUCAACAGAAGGGUGGUGUAGCUGUGUCGUUUGAAAGCGAUCAUCCUUACACGGGUGCAACAUGUACACGUAUGACAUCAUGAAAUCACUGCUGUGUAAGACGGGCCUCUGACAAUAGCUGCCGCACUUUAAAACAAUGCCAGUGAUUAUUACAGUUGAUCAAAAUACAAACCUCAGAUCACAGUACUAGGUACUAAAGUCGAAGUCCAAGAAAAACUAAAUAGUCCAUAUAAUUUCUGUACAGGUCAAAUGUUUUUUAAACAUUAUUUUUCAUAUUUUAUACUCUCGCUUUUCUGUUGGCUGAGAUGUCCAAAAGUGUUUACGUUAUUAUUUAUUGUAUUGUGUUGCUACAGUGCAGCUACAAAGUGUAAAUCAAAGACACUGAGAGUCCUUCCUUUCCAUUGACCAUGUUUACAUGCGCACAUAGUCCAGAUAAGGUUCAUAAAUAGGACUAUUCCAUGUGAUUAUAUGUCUUGACAUCAAAAAGCCAGACCCAAAGACAAAAUGAUUGCCUUCAGGAAUAUUGUGUGCAUAUAAACGUAGUGAUUGUUUGAUGUAUUGUCAAGACACCGAUAGUAACAAUGAAAGAAAAAGAAAAAUAACUAACCAAUGGUUUAUAGUAUUUUGGUUUUCCCUGUGUCUUCAAUUGUGUCUGACAACAGAGAGAGCAAAGGCCGCCAUUUUGUCUUUGAUUUGGGAUUUCAUAGGUGCUUUGAUUUGGAUACUAAUGUAUUUGUGGCAAUGAUAAAUCAGACCAUUAAAUCAAUAUUGUCAGUGCAAUAUUUCUUUCAUUUUUACAGAGUUAAUUAUCCAUAAAAUAUAAGUAAUUUUCAAAGUAACUCACAUAUCCGGCGGAAGUGUCGACCAUGACUUCGAAGUUAAGACCACAAACAGCUUUUUGGUGUUGCUCGACUCCACAAUGCGAGUGAUGAGACCCAAUGUGCAGGACUGAAAUUGGCCAAAAUGUGUUGGAUCCCGGAUCCGAUCCGGAAGUAGAGACAAGACAGUCCGAAGUUUCUCAAAAAAAGAGGUUACUUCAAGACGUCUCUCAAUGUUAAAAAAGGCGUGAGAUAAACAUCCUACCUGUCCCAAGAAGUUGUGACAUCAUCACUCUCAUCUCCUCCAGUCAGGGCAAUAGUCCACAGCGUGACAAUGGUUGCUACAGAGAUCAGUGCUAAGAACACACACACAAUACACAACCUGCUGACUCUGCGUCUUUUCUCCAUUGCCUAACAAACAACACAAGCAAACUGAAUCAGUGAAUCGGAUACUGGACACAACGUAGGACCAAAAAAAUAAUAAUCCCCUUUAUCGUCCAUUUAAGUUAUAAAUGCAAUUUUAUCCAAAGUAUGCUUACGUUCUAGGGUCUCGGAUCCAAAGUGACAAGAAGCUGUUAACUUCUUCUAUAACUCUUCCUAAAAAAUGGAUGACGUAUUAGGAAGUAGUAUGCAGUUAAAUUAUGUGACAUGGUGAUAAGAUAUAAAAAAAUAUAUUGCUCUUAGGUACUUAGAGUAUCUAUAACAAUGUUCAGUGCAUGUUCCCACAGCCCUCAUAAAAAAAAAAACUGCAUGAGUUCACACAUGAAUGCUACAAAGAUUUAUUACCUUUAUGGCACGGUGAUGAUAAUUCAAGCCUUUGUUGUUCUCAUCGUAAACAUUUGUUCAUUUCCUACUGCAAUCCUGUUCAGGUACAUCAUGUUUUUUUUUUUUAUACUGUGGAUAAAAAGGACACAUUUUUUUAACAAUGCAAAGUAAAUU